GUAGCUUCAAAUUGGAUCAUGACGUAGGACGACUAUAUCCAAAGGUCCCUGACCAAAAAGCCUAUUUAUACGCCAUCGUUGUGAAAUGUCUAAAAGCCAACAUCUGCUACGAUGAGCGGUGUCCGUAUUCAAACCAGUAUCUAACACGUGAUGAUGUGUGCAAAAUGUUUCAGUUUCAUAACCAUUUAUUGCUUUAAAUAUGUAGGCUACGUACAAUCCAUUCGUUACCAACUGAAGAGGGGAUACCGAGGCCUACUACAGCGUGCGUAAUACGACCAUCAUGUCAAUAUCAGUGUCCGGACGUGAUUCUUGACGCCAUCUAGCUGCGUAAAGUGCGUAAUACAGCCUACCUAUCAUUUGUGCAUCGUGGUUUCGUCAGUGGAGCGUUGUGCGCGUGCCUUUCCACUCAAUAGGCAUGUUUUUACUAGAUCGCUUGUGUUUGCCGAUACAUUUCGUCGCAUGAAUUGCGGUCUAUGUAGUGAUCAAACCGUAGCGUUUUUCCAGGGAACCACAACAGUAGGUCUUGUGUCAUUUGCUGCAGCCGGGAGUUGUGCCCCUCACCUCAUCAAAGCCGAAUCCGUCAUGACCUCUCUCCGCGCUUCCCAAAUACGCUAAAUGGGAUUUGUGGUCUGGCCAAGGUUCAACAGCAGCUGGAUAUCCGUUUCCAUUAUUUCUCUAAUGAGGACAGCGGUUAGAAUUUAAUUGAACAUCUCGUUCGCGCGUCUGUGAUUUAAGAAUCAAUCUCAGGACGCAUUAAAAGGUCCGCGCACAUGGGGGCGGGCAAGAGCAAGCCCAAGGAGCCCGGCCAGCGCUCCAUGAGCCUGGACGGGACCAUCGGCACCGGCUCGGACAGCGGACACUUCCACCACCUGGGGCCGGCCCAGCAGACCCAGACCCCCAACCGGAGCCCCGCGGCGGGGACGGGCCGGCGGGAGCACCGGGGGCAGCACCAGCACGCGCCCUCAAACACCCCGGAGCUGGCGCUGUUCGGAGGCGUGGACCACACGGGCACGCUCACCUCGCCCCAGAGGGGCCCGCUGUCAGGCGGUGUCACUACGUUCGUGGCCCUGUAUGACUACGAGUCACGGACGGCCUCCGACCUCACCUUCAAGAAGGGGGACAGGCUGCAGAUCGUCAACAACACGUAAGGAGGACCCCUCGUGGAUUACGUAUCAGUGCC